UUCACAGCAAAGCAGCUGGAGAAGCUCGCCAAAAAAGCCGAGAAAGACUCCAAGGCCGAGCAAGCCAAGGUCAAAAAGGCCCUUCAGCAGAAGAAUGUGGAGUGUGCCCGUGUCUAUGCAGAAAAUGCCAUCCGCAAGAAGAACGAGGGGCUCAACUGGCUCCGCAUGUCCUCCCGGGUGGAUGCGGUGGCCUCCAAGGUCCAGACAGCAGUGACCAUGAAGGGGGUGACAAAAAACAUGGCCCAGGUGACCAAGGCCUUGGACAAGGCUCUGAGCUCCAUGGACCUGCAGAAGGUGUCUGCGGUGAUGGAUAAAUUCGAACAGCAGGUUCAGAAUCUGGAUGUUCACACAUCAGUCAUGGAGGACUCCAUGACGCGGCCCACGCCAGAGGAGCAGGGAGACAGCCUCAUCGUCCAGAUCGCGGAGGAGAACGGGCUGGAGAUCAUGGACCAACUCAACCAGCUCCCCGAGGGGGCUUCCGCGGUGGGGGAGAGCUCGGUGCGCACCCAGGAAGACCAGCUGUCACGGAGGUUGGCUGCCUUGCGGAAUUAAGGUCUCCUGUCGUCCCUCUGGACUGCAGCCCCUCAUGGGGUGGUAUG